UCGAUAACAUUUGCGAUCAUGGUUUAUCGUUGCGGCAUUGGUAAAUAACCGCGCGCCAACAUCCAUCUGCUUCUCCUACUUGGCACAUUUUGUCCUGUUGGUCCUGACUGCAAUUUAAAGGAGAAUAUCAUGGGAAUUUUGGGCUUAGCCAAGUUAAUAGCAGAUAUUGCACCAUCUGCUAUUAAAGAGAAUGAAAUUAAAAACUAUUUCGGACGCAAAGUGGCUAUUGAUGCAUCGAUGUGCCUGUAUCAAUUUCUGAUCGCCGUACGCUCUGAUGGCGCACAAUUGACAACUGUCGAUGGCGAACCUACAUCGCAUCUGAUGGGUAUGUUCUAUAGAACCAUACGCUUGCUGGAGCAUGGUAUAAAGCCCGUGUAUGUGUUCGAUGGUAAGCCACCAGAUUUAAAAUCGGGUGAAUUAGCGAAACGUGCAGAACGCCGGGAAGAAGCACAAAAGGCUUUGGAAAAGGCCGAAGAAGCGGGCAAUGCUGAGGAAGUGGAAAAAUUCAAUCGCCGGUUAGUGCGAGUAACCAAAGAGCAUGCGCGUGAAGCGCAGGAAUUGCUUAAAUUGAUGGGAGUACCCUAUGUAGAGGCACCAUGUGAAGCGGAAGCGCAAUGUUCGGCGUUGGUGAAAGCAGGCAAAGUUUAUGCUACAGCUACAGAGGAUAUGGAUGCACUUACUUUUGGUUCCAGUGUACUCCUGCGUCAUUUGACAUUCAGUGAGGCGCGGAAGAUGCCGGUAAAAGAGUUUAUCUAUGAAAAAGUGCUUCAAGGAUUCGAAUUGACAAGCACUGAGUUUAUAGAUCUUUGCAUACUGCUGGGCUGUGAUUACUGUGAAGGUAUCAAAGGUAUUGGACCGAAGCGCGCCAUUGAGUUGAUAAAUACUUAUCGCGAUAUUGAGACAAUACUCAAGAACAUUGACCAAAAGAAGUACACAGUAGCGGAAGAUUGGAACUAUCAAGUUGCACGUGAAUUGUUCGUAAAACCCGAUGUAACGGAUCCGUCGACUAUUGAGCUUAAGUGGACUGAACCCGAUGAAGAAGGUUUGGUAAAGUUUCUAUGUGGCGAUCGGCAAUUCAAUGAAGAUCGGGUACGUUCUGGCGCCAAGAAAAUACAAAAAUCUAAAAAUACUCAGACACAAGGACGACUAGACAACUUUUUUAAGGCACUACCGUCUACAAGUAACAAUAAGCCCACACCUAAGCGAAAGGCCGAGGAUGAUAAAAAGGCUGCCAAUAAGAAGGUUAAAGCUGGCGGCGGUGGACGUGGCAGACGCCCCAAGUAAUGAAGUUUCAUUUGAGAAAUUAAUUCAUCGACUCGACGAACAUGUUUAGCAUUGGGCAUUGGACUAAAUUUUUUUGAGAAACUAUCGUCGCAGCCGCAUCUUUGAUAAAAUCCUAUGAUCAGAUAUAUUUCUGUUCAAUUUUGUUUUAUUUGUUUGCACAAGUCUCCAUUCUUUUUUGUUGUUAAUCGUUGCAAAAAUACUUAGUUUUUGAAUCAGAACACAUUGCUCAAUGGUUUAAAAAAUUUUAUUUUGUCUGUUGGGAGAAUACUAUAAUACUUUACAAUUAAGUUUAAGUCUAGAUACUUCGCAUAAUCAUAGAAAAUAGCUUACA